AUGUCUGUCAGUACAACCGCUACUUCUAUGGCCAAAGAGCACACCAAUGAGAUGAAGGCACCGAUGUCUGCCCUCUCGUUGUUACAUCACUUCCACUUCUUUGAAUACGUGGAUCUCUUCGUGAAAGUCUCCCUUAAAGUCUUUCGAUCUUCUCAAUGGAAACUCUGGUUUGUCGUCGGUUUUGGCAGGACUUGUUGUUUAUUGGCUGAGCUGACCAUAUCUAUGAAGGCCAUAGUGUCCAGUGAAUGGGUUCGGUUGAGUAUAGCCGUCACAUUGAGUACACUGUCAUCCCCUCGACCCUUAGAUUUGGACAAUUUGACGAUUGCGCUCUCAUUCACACGUUUUGCACACAAAUUGUCACUCAAUUUGUUUGCAUUUGUUGUGAAUAAACCACGAGUUGUAACACAACUUGUAUUACACGACAAACAAACCGCCGAUUGUUGUCCAAGAAGUUCAACAAUGGAUGCGAUGGAAGGGCCAGAAGUGCGCGAACAGAUCCAAGCGGUGAUGUUGUCUAACUUAAGCCGCAGCGACGGCUCGUCUCUGUACUCAUUUGGCGAGACUGUUGUCCAGACGUCGGUCUUCGGGCCCACAGAAGUGCACAUCACUAAAGAGGAUCCCAUCGGCGCCGCACUCGAGGUCUGCUAUCGACGACUCAUCCGAACCGUCAAAAGAGACGACCCGCAGACCAAAGCCAUCGAGCGUUUGAUCCAUUCAAAUGUGUUGCCCAUUAUGUAUACACGUCUUCACCCGCGAACUCAGGUGACAAUUAUGUUGCAAGAGAUGCAAAACAGCGGCUCAUUCCUGGCCUCGUGUCUGAACGGCGUGUGCUUUGCUUUACUCGACUCCGGCUUUCCGUUGAAGUAUCUGUUGGCGGCCGUCGAGGCCAUCGUCACCGCCGACGGCAAUAUCGUUGUGAACGCGUCCACUGCCGACGCGGACAACGCGGUCGCCGUCUUCACUGUGGUCUUCGAGAGCACCCAAAAGAAAGUGGUUUCCAUCACAAGUGACGGCGACUUCACAUUCACUCAAUUGCAACAAAUCAUCACUUCUUGUAAAGAAAGCGCACAAAAAAUAUUCACAAGUGGUGAAGAAUUCAAACCAAAAGAUAUGAAUGAAAUGAAUGGCCAGAGAAAUGAUGUCAUGAAUGAUGACAUUCUGUGCCUUAUAUUCAAGGAUUUGGAUCUCAACGACUUGUUUUCAUUACAACGAGUGUCACAACAGUUCAGAAAUUGCGUCAAAGAAGUGCUUCAGAAGAAGACAGAAAUGAGUGUCGGAUUCAAUGAACUCAAGACACACUCACACUUAAGAUACUUUAACUCCAACUACGAAGUGAAUGACUGGAAUCGCAUUGACAUCACACCAGCGAUCACUUCCAGAGCAAUUGAUCUUACAUUGAGUGGCAAAAGAGACGCGAAGAUCGAGUCUAUUGUCCGUCAAUUCCGUGACGUAAAGACACUCUAUCUGUCGUCGACUGAAAUCAGUUUCAAGACAUUAGAGCUAUUUGUCAAUCAGUGGCCACAACUCGAGAGUCUCUUUAUCAACGACAUAGACAUCGAUUGCUCGAGUGACAAGACUAUCACCGAAUGGGCACAACUUCUCUCAAGAGUCACACGCAUUACUAUCGGAAACAUUCUUCAAAGAGUAACAUCACUUCAAGCGCUAAAUGUUUAUCCGAAAGCAUUCCUAAAGAUCACUCUCUCAUCACUGACCCAUUGUUUGCCGGCAAACAUCCAAUCCCUACACAUCGGUGUGACUCCAGCGGACAGUCAGGCACUGGAUGUGAUCACAAGUAAAUGUCCACAAAUACGGGAACUGCUUUUGUAUCAAUGUUCCCAACAAUCAAAUGUAGAGUCUGUUCUCUGGAAACAAUGGUUUGCACUGAUAUGCAAUCGUCUCAAUGGUUUGACACAUUUGACUAUCAUUUUGGGUGACAUUUCAACCGAAGAAUUUGUCGAAAGUAUCGCAAAACUCAAAGACUUAAGUAAACUGAGUAUCACUGAUAUCGACGAAGAAGAGUCUCCUCGAAUGUGUUUCGACACUCAAUCGAUGGCCAAAUAUAUGCAACCAAUGGUGUCGUUGCGGUCGCUAUCGUUGCAUGAAAUGAAGUGUUCACCGAAUCAGUGGUCAAAUUUGGCCCAAAUGUUGCCAAAUGUACGCAAAUUGAGUCUCCAUUGCAUUCAUUACGAGAGUAACGACGGAACCAAUUAUCGAGAGAUUUUCGGUCAAUGUAUGGAUUGUGUGUCAAAACUACCCAAAUUGAAACACUUGUCUCUUCGUAAGAAUUGGUUUGGGAAAUGCCUUUCAGAACAGGCACUGAGUUUAUAUGCUUCUGUGGAUCGGCUCACUCUUCAUGCCAAUCACAAUAGACCUCUAAUAAACGGUUUGAUGAAAUUUAUUACCACAAGACUGGCCAAUAGGCGGCCAGUAUUCCGAUUGGAUCUUUGGCCUGAAAUCAAGAGAGAACUGAUCCAAAGAAUGGAGACAGAGAAUGCCUCAAUGCCUAAGAGUGUGAUUGUGGCCAAUGUUUUAAGACCUCAAUACGAAGAUACAUAUUUCAUGAAUAAAGAUGUCCUCACAUAUGACGAUAAGUGUGAUCCAAAUGAAGUGAAAUACAGAUAUUUAGUCAAACUAGUGAUCAAUCCGUCGGACAAAACUGAGUUUGAUUUUGACAGACAUACCGUUUCUGUUCACAUAUACGGCAAAAAGAAUGCAUACGUUAGCACUUUAACCAUACAAUUGUCAACACUGUUGCAAAUCAAAAACAUCGAUACUAUGAAGCGGGCAAUGGUUCAGGUGAUCCUCGGCCGUAAGCUCAAGAUUCCCAGUUUUGGUUACAUUGAUAUGGACACUACGGCCACCAAAGGGUCUCUUUAUGUCUCCCAUUUGGAGAUCAUGUGCAUCGAAGAGCGGAUCCGUUACUACUCUAAAGUACAUAAUAAGGUGAUAACCAAGAGUCCGAACAAAGACCGCGACGAACAACGGUUUCCGUUAGCAAAAAAGGAUUGGAAACACGAACCCGAAGACGCUAUUCAAGUGUUCAAAGAGGUUGAAUUGAAUGAAUUGUUCACAUUCUUCUACUUGUCGUUCAAUGCAUUGAUUUUGUUUAACGCCAUUAUUCUCCUCAUUGAUAACGAAAUUAGUGACAUCAUCUCACUUUUUGGCUCAAUUUUCACACUAUUACUCGUUUUGCUGACCUAUCGGUACGCCAUUAAAGUUAAUUAUUCAAAGACUUAUGGCUCGAGGAAUUGGCACCAAUUUUGUCUCAUAUAUCUGGUGUUAUGUUUCAUCGGCGGUGUCAUCGCUGGCAUUGCAAGUCUCGUAUUUUUAACACAGGGCAAGGAUUACGAUCAAAGAAAUGGGACGAUUGGCAUUAGUAUUGGUAUUCACCUAAUGGUGACCAUAGGGUUAGUGGUGUUGUCCUAUAUGUUAGAACUGCACAUUUUGGUCACAACCAGACAAAUGACGAAAGCGAUGGACUCAUCGUUGGGAAACAUGAGCGCAAUGUCUAUUGAAAGUUCCUCUAAAUCUUUGCCAUAA